ACGACUCGACCCGGUCGUUCGACUCGUCGCGGCGUUUGAAUAUGUCAACCACUCCGUAUAAACCGCCUGCGCGCGCAAACGAAAAACCACUUACUGCACGCGCUCGGUAUACCACACACACACACACACCGCUCUAGAGCAUAUCAACCGCACACUGAUUAAAUAUCACCGACCGCACAACAGCGCGAGUUGUCGACUGUGGAAAACCGCCGCCGCCUUCUGUUAGAAAAUUAUCUAAAUCAAUUUUUUUUAAAAAAUUUUUUUUUCUUCUUCUUCUUCAUCAUUACAAACCCUUUGCCGAACAUGUCCGUCUUGACCGGCACGACGCCCAUGGAAAAAGUGGGCCUGGUUUUCAUCAGCCUGAUCGUGCUGAAGAUAACGCGGUUCGUGCUCGGGUUCGCCUAUCAGCAUCUGCUGGCGCCGUCGCUCAACAUGAACGUGAAUUUCAAAAAGACCGGCAAAUGGGCAGUUAUAACUGGCGCUACAGACGGUGUAGGCAAAGCGUAUGCCGAACAGUUGGCCGGCAAAGGGUUGAACAUAGUACUCGUGAGCAGGACCAAGUCAAAGUUGGAAACGACAGCAAAAGCCAUCGGCGACAAAUACGGAGUGGAAACGAAAAUUAUCGAAGCCGACUUCACCGACGACGGCCCGGAAGUGUACGCGCAUAUAUCCAAAGAGCUUUACGGUUUGGAAACCGGUGUGCUCAUCAACAACGUGGGUCUGUCUUAUCCUCAUCCCGAGUACUUUUUGAACAUCGAAACCAGCGAUCCAAUGUUCGACAACAUCGUCAAGUGCAACAUAACUUCCACGUUGAACAUGUGCAGGAUAGUCAUGCCCGGCAUGGCCGAACGCCGUCGGGGGGUCGUGAUAAAUAUAUCUUCCACCGUGGCCCAGAUCCCUUGUCCGCUGUUGACCGUUUACGGUGCCACCAAGAAAUUCGUCGAGAAAUUCAGCGAGGAACUGGCAACGGAAUACAAGAGUUUCGGCAUCACUGUACAAUGUGUCGAACCGGGUUACGUUGCCACCAAGAUGAGCAAAAUCAGCAAACCCUCAUUGAUGGUGCCCAGCCCGGAAAAGUUUGUCAAGUCAGCACUGCAAACGACCGGAAUCGAAGGCGUGACCACCGGAUACUUGCCACACACUAUAAUGGUGAAAUUCAUCCAUUUCGGUAACGGCAUAUGCCAGCCAUUUAUGAACAACAUUGUGAUGAAGAACAUGUUGAGCAUUCGAACUCGGGCCCUGAGGAAAAAGACCGUCAAAUGAGUCGACUUGCGGUGAUCUCUGCGAUUUCCCACUACCUAUAUUAUGAAAUAAUAAUAAUUAUUAAAAAAACAAACUUUAGGGGGCUAUUUAAAUCAAAACCACCGCGGUAUUGUGUGAAUAGCGACGAUUGUGUUUCACUAUUUUUCUUGUACAUAUAUUAUAUUGUUAGGAAAUAAACUUUCGCUCGUGCGUGCGUGCGGUUUUAAUUGAACAA